AUGAAGCUCAGCAAUUUCGUUGCGUUGACUGGAUUCUUGGCCCUGUCCGAGGCCAUCCCUAGCUCACGACCCAACUUCCUUUUCGUCUUCACUGAUGAUCAAGACUUGACGAUGAACUCUGUGGACUAUAUGCCACAUGUUGCAAGCCGCAUUCGAGAUCAAGGAAUUGAUUUUACGAACCACUUUGUCACGACAGCGCUGUGCUGUCCGUCGCGGGUCAGCCUGUGGACCGGUCGUCAGGCGCACAACACGAACGUUACCGACGUCAGUCCGCCGUACGGCGGUUACCCCAAGUUUGUAUCCCAAGGCUUCAACGAAGACUGGUUUCCCUUGUGGAUGCAAAACGCCGGGUACAAUACCUACUACGUUGGAAAACUCUUUAACUCGCAUAGCACGUCGACGUACAACAACCCGUUCGUUCAAGGCUUCAACGGCUCGGACUUUCUUCUUGACCCAUUUACCUACUCAUACUGGAACUCCAGCUACCAACGCAAUCAUGAACCUCCGAAGAGCUACGCCGGUCACUAUACGACAGACGUCACGGAGGAAAAGGCACUCGGCUUCCUCGACGAUGCUUUUGAAGACAAUGAGCGGCCAUUCUUCCUGACCGUGGCCCCUAUUGCACCACAUUUCGAUCAAGAACCCAACCGUGCUUCAGGAACUCCGCCGCAAGCUCCUAUUCCUGCGCCUCGCCACGCUCAUCUCUUCCCUGAUGCUCGGGUCCCACGCGUACCUUCUUUUAACCCACUCAACCAAGCCGGCCCUAGUUGGAUCAAAGACUUGAAGCACCAGAACCAAUCCGUGGUUGAGUAUGAAGACUUCUUCUACCGCCAACGUCUGCGUGCCCUGCAAGGUGUCGACGAGAUGGUGGACAAGCUGCUCAACCGUCUAGAGCGCAGCGGCCAGCUCAACAACACCUAUGUGAUCUACAGUUCCGACAACGGUUUCCACAUUGGCCACCACCGACUACCUCCUGGGAAGUGCACAUCUUACGACGAAGACAUUCGCGUACCCUUUUUUGUCCGCGGUCCCCGAGUCACACCCGGCCAGACGGACUCUCAGGUCACGACGCACAUUGACUUUGCCCCGACGAUUUUUGAGAUCCUCGGACUGCCUCUGCGCAGUGACUUUGACGGCACCCCGAUGCGUAUUGUUAGGAAUAGCUCUUCUGUGCCCCAUGAGCAUGUCACGGUAGAGUACUGGGGUAGUGCUGUUCUCGAAGGCAACUACGCAAAUCUAGUCCCCGGUAACGGGCAUCGCAUGCCAAACAACACAUACAAGUCCGCCCGCCUCGUUAGCGAAGAGCGCAACCUCUUCUACGCCGUUUGGUGUACGGGUGACCACGAAUUAUAUGACCUUAACACCGAUCCCUACCAAGUCAACAACAUCUACACAACUGCCAAGCAAUCCUUCAAGAACCGCCUGGAUGCUCUCCUUCUCGUCCUCAAGUCCUGCGCUGGCAGUACCUGCAUCAAACCCUGGAAUGAACUGCACCCGGACGGAUCAGUUCAGAGCCUCUCGGAUGCGCUUGACCCCGGGUACGAUGAUUUCUACGCGCGGGUGCCGAAGGUUGAGUAUGAGGUUUGUGAAGAUGGGUAUCUUAUUUCUGCUGAGGGACCGCAGUGGGAUGAUGUUAGCGCUGGACUUUGGAACGGCCAGGCCUUAUAUGAUCUACGAUUCUGA